GCUGGCAUGCAAGCCAUUUUUGAGAUUAAGAAGUGUUUCCCAAAUGUGCAUAAACCCAGACCGUUUGGAGAAGUGAGACAGUAUUACAUUGCCGCUGAGGAAAUCAUUUGGGAUUAUGGGCCAACGGGGAUAAACCAGUAUUCAGGGAAGAAACUAGCUGAUGACAGUGUAUCUGACACUUUCUUUGAAAACCGCAAUGAUCGCAUUGGGGGCAAAUACAAGAAGGUCCAGUAUGUGGAAUAUACUGACGACACAUUCUCCAAACGCAAAGAGAGGACCCCUGAGGAGCAGCAUCUGGGAAUUCUGGGUCCAAUCAUCAGAGCAGAGGAAGAGGACACAAUUAAAGUAACAUUUAGAAAUAAAGCAAGCAGGCCCUACAGUAUCCAACCUCACGGAGUGCAAUAUAACAUAGAAAUGGAUGGAACUCUCUACCACAACGUCCUGGAAGAGUCAUACACUGCCAAGAAGCUUCGUGAACUCAAGAAAGAAGCAAGAGUGGUCGAGCCACUUCCUGCUGCAUUGGUCCGACCUGACACCACCUACCAGUAUGAGUGGCUGGUUCCUAAGGAUGGAGGACCGACCGAAAAAGAUCCAGACUGCAUCACCUACAUGUACUACUCAGCGGUGGAUCCCAUUAGAGACACCAACUCUGGGCUGGUUGGACCUCUUCUGAUCUGCAAGCCCAAAACCAUCAAAUCAGGAAAGCAGAAAAACGUGGACAAAGAGUUCCACCUUCUUGCAACUGUGUUUGACGAGAACCUGAGCUGGUAUUUGGAUGACAACAUCAACAGAUUCGCAAAACAGCCUAAAUCUGUAAAUAGAGAAGAUGAAGAUUUUCAAGAGUCCAAUAAAAUGCACUCGCUCAACGGAUACAUGUAUGGGAAUCUGAAAGGCUUGAGUAUGUGUAAAGGUGAUAAGGUGUCCUGGCAUCUGUCCGGACUAGGAUCAGAGGUUGACAUCCAUGGACUUUACUUUGAGGGCAACAGGUUCCUCUACAAAGACACCAGGAGAGACACUAUCAACGUGUUUCCUCAUAUCUCUCACACUGUCAUUAUGGAGCCUGAUAGCAUGGGACAGUUUGAGGUGGGAUGUAAAACC